AUGAUGGCGGGUGGAUCCUCUCUCAAUCUGGCACCCGUCCCGCAGGGUUCCGUCCAGCACUUCCAGAGACUCAGCCCGUCGUCUGCUUACGACACGUACGGCGUCACCACAGCAGACGAUAGGACCUACACCAGCACGUACCCGUCGUUCUUUGACGGGGACCUGUACAGUCAACACGCCGGCCACAAGGCGUCUGGCCUACAUCAUCCCAGCACACAACAACACGGAGACUACCGUCACGAGAAGGUCUUCACGGAGCUGAAGCCUUUCCAAAAGCAGACCCCGAACUUCCAUCAAAAACAAACUCAAAACUUUCACCAACAAACUUUUCAAAACUACAAUGUCAGUGUUGAGGAUUAUCAGGCCAGGGUGAACCCCUUCACGGGUCACCAUUCACCUGCUGUAGGUCACCAAUCACCUGUUAUGAGUCACCAUUCACCUGCUAUUGGUCACCAAUCACCAGUUUUGAGUCACCAAUCACCAACCAUCAGUCACCAGUCUCCUGUUGUAGGUCACCAUUCACCUGUUAUGAGUCACCAUUCACCGGGAAAAGUCUCACCACCGUUCUACCACCCGGAACACAUGUCCACACUGCACUACGACCCACACUACUACCACCAAUGGCCCCCAAGUGUGGCCAUGCCACAUCCAGAAAGUGGCCAACCACACCCGGACUGCCCGCCCCCACCCCUGAAAGUCCGCCGACUAGGGGCUGGCAACCCCGUGCCCACCUGGACCGCCAAAGGAAAAAACAACUGUGUGGUCAGCCUGUACAACGGGGACAUGUGGGCUAAGUUCCACAUCCACUCUAACGAGAUGAUCAUCACAAAACACGGAAGACGCAUGUUUCCUGUGUUGCAUUACGUCAUGAGUGGCCUUGACCCCCACAAGAAGUACCACGUGUACGUGGACAUGUCGCUAGCAGACAACAACCACUGGAAGUUUCAAGGCGGGAAGUGGGUCUCAUGUGGCACCGCCGAGCCCCUCCCUCAAGGUAAGAGAUUUUUUUUUUUACCUGUAUCCCCCAACACGGGCGCACACUGGAUGAAGCAAGACGUCAGCUUUGGUAAACUCAAAUUGACGAACAACAAGGGGACGAAACAAAAACAAAUAAUCUUGAAUUCCAUGCACCGCUACCAGCCACGGAUCAACAUAGCCGAAGACGUGGACGGUCAAGAAGGUGACGUCAUCAUUUCCCACGCCUUCGUGGACACGCAGUUCAUCGCCGUGACGGCAUACCAGAACACAGAC